UUCAAUGGUAAUCCCCAUGAUAAUUGGAUACAAUAUGGCAAUGAAGACUUCCAAUAGCCAAUGUUACUUUGUGUCUUAUUCCGCAGACAUAGACGAAUGCCGCUACGGAUACUGCCAGCAACUAUGCGCCAACGUGCCAGGAUCCUAUUCUUGCACUUGUAACCCGGGGUUUGUGCUGAAUUCAGAUGAAAGGUCGUGCCAAGACGUGGAUGAAUGCACCACGGAGAACCCCUGCGUUCAGAGCUGCGUGAACACAUACGGAUCCUAUCUGUGCCGCUGUGAUCCGGGCUACGAGCUGGAAGAGGACGGCGUCAGCUGCAACGACAUGGACGAGUGCAGCGUCUCCGAAUUCCUCUGUCAGCAUGAAUGUGUCAAUCAGCCCGGAUCUUACUACUGCAGCUGCCCGCCGGGGUACUCCCUGCUGGAUGACGCCAGAACAUGUCAGGACAUUGACGAGUGCGACACGAGGAACAACACCUGCACCGGGCAGCAGACCUGCUUCAAUAUCCCGGGAGGCUAUCACUGCUUAGAUCCUGUGCGCUGCGACGAGCCGUACAUCCAGCUCCAAGACAGCCGGUGUAUGUGUCCCGUGGAGAACCCAACGUGCCGGGACCAGCCCUUCACCAUCGUCCACAGACACAUGGACAUCGUGUCUAACAGCAGAGUCCCCGCGGACAUCUUCCAGAUGCAGGCGACCAGCCGCUACCCCGGAGUCUACUACAUCUUCCAGAUCAAAUCCGGAAAUGAGGGCAGAGAAUUCUACAUGAGGCAAACUGGACCCAUUAGCGCCACCCUGGUGAUGACCCGACCCAUCAAGGGGCCCCGCGACCUGACCCUGGACCUGGAGAUGGUAUCUGUGAACACUGUGGUGAACUUCCGAGGCAGCUCCAUCAUCCGGCUGAGGAUAUUUGUUUCUCCGCACUCCUUCUGAGCCAACACGUCGUCAUCAUCGUCAUCGUCAUCAUCAUCAUCAUCGUCGUCGUCGUCGUCGUGUAGCAGUAUCUCCCCCCUCCUCCAUCCCUGAUGCACAGGCCUUUGUGAACGCUCCCCUAUAGAUCCGCUCCUGUACAUCACCCAGGGUAACGCAGACCGGCCUAGGCCGGGAAAUUGUUCCAAUUUGAAAAAAAAUAAAAUAAAAAUCCGGGGCCACAAUAAUUUGCAGUUAUCAUUUUGCGCACAUCUGCGCCUUAUACGUUGGUCGCGAUCUUUGCAUCAUGGUAAAUAGCGCGGCCCGGGCUCUGCUGCAUCAGGGGAAGGGGAUUUAUUUAAGCAAAUAUACAUUUUGAAUGUUUUUGUUUACUUGGAUAAAGAAAAUGUAAUUUUAACGUUUUGGAUUUUUUUAUUUUAAUUUUUUGC